UAGAGAAAGACAAGUAGAGGUUGCUCUUCGUAAGUCGAAGCGUACAGCUCGAAAGCACUCUUUUGUUGGUUCGCGAGGUUUAUUCGUUCGUUGGAACAUUUCGCAAAACGAGUUUUUAUCGCGAAAAAACGCGCGUGACUACGGAAACACAGAGGGAGGAAUGCUCUUCCAAGAAUUUUGAGCCGUGGCCGAAAGCGUCGAAGAACAUGAACACGGUGGAGUGUGCGUGAAUCGAGAGACAAAAGUUAGCUGGGUAAAAGUGUUUUUACGGGGCAAAAGUAGCCCGGCGAGCGAGCGGGCUCCGGGACUCGAGCAACAGGAAAGCACAGGCCCGAUGCCGGAAGCUUCGGGAUCGCGGGUGGUCGACGAGUCGGAUUAUUCGACCUUCGAGAAUAAGACCGGUCUCGCCGAAGACAUGAAGUUUCUGGCGAGCAUGCCAGAACUUUGCGAUGUCACUUUUCUAGUUGGUGACACGAGAGAGCCUGUUUGCGCCGUGAAGGCUGUUCUCGCUGCCAGAAGUAGAGUUUUUCAUAAAAUGUUGUAUCAAGCACCAAGUCCUCAACGAAAGAAAGAAGCGCCAACGAGAGAGAACAAGAUACGACUUUUUUUAAAGAGAAGCUCCGAACCUUUGCUGAACUUACAAAACGCGGCACAGCAGCGAUCAGGGUUCACUCAGCAGCUGGCACCCAUACAAGAGCCGCAAUCGAAUCAACAUCAUACUCUCAUCAUCGAAGAGUUUGAGCCGGAUGUUUUUCGUCAACUCAUCGAGUACAUUCAUACCGGUUGCGUCACUCUACAACCAAGAACCUUGUUGGGUGUCAUGAAUGCUGCCGAUUACUAUGGAUUGGACGAACUUAGAAAAGCCUGUGCUGGAUUCGUUCAAUGUUGCAUAACCGUUGACACGGUUUGUGCGCUCUUAGCUUCGGCUGAACGUUACAUACAAUACAAAUGCACCAAAUCUUUGGUUCAAAAGGUAUUAGAAUUCGUAGACGAACAUGGGAACGAAGUGUUGAACUUAGGAUCUUUUACGUUGUUGCCUCAACACGUUGUUCGUUUGAUCUUAGCAAGAGAAGAAUUACGUGCGGACGAAUUUACCAAAUUUCAAGCAGCCUUAAUGUGGAGCAAGAAAUACUAUGACAGUAAUCAAGAUACACCAUUGAAAGAUAUAAUCGGCAACUUUCUUGAGUAUAUUCAAUUUCACAAAAUUCCAACAAACGCUUUGGUAAAUGAGGUUCAUCCGUUAGGAUUGGUACCCGAUGGUAUCAUCAUGAACGCUUUAGCUUAUCAGGCAGACCCAACCAGUGUCGAGCCCGGGAAACUCUCCCCCCCCAAAGUGAGGAAACAAGGCCGCAGUAUGUCGGUCCAAUCAUCCUUGGAACCAUACGGUAGCAAUACGACUCUGAGCUCGAGCGGCUCUGACACUGGUUUCGAGCGCAAACAGCACUCUGGUAGCAACUAACCUCAGGCCACGGCCGCAUUGACAGCGGCCGUUUCGGAUGAGCCUCGACGCGAGGAUAUAUUCAGCAACGGCGAGAACGAACGGAGUUUCUACGAGCAUCCAAGAAACGGUGAUGUUGCUCCGACCGAUGCAGAUAUUGAAGAAUGGGAGAAGAAGGAGUUACAGCGAGAAGAGGAACAGCAGCGACAGAAGCAGCAGGAACAACAGCGAGAGGAAGAGGAACAACGACAGAAAGAAAAAGAGCAACAGCAACGAGAAGAAGAAGAAGAAGAAGAAGAAGAAAAAGAAGAA